AUGUUCAUCGCCAUCGUUGGAACGCGUUUUGCUGGAAAAUCGACCGUCGAGGAAUACCUGAUCAACCACAAACACUUCACACCAGUCCGUCUGAUAGAACCUAACGAUGGGGAAUCGGUGCUCGAGGGUAACAUUUCGAUACACGCCAUCUCUAGGCGAUUUGAUUCGCUGGGCCUUCAAACUAAUGGCCAUCGCGCAGCGCCCAACCGGCACGACUCUUUUCUGUCCAUGAGCCCUUUACCGUCCCCGGCGCCAACCGCAUCUCCCAACGCGUUAAUGAACCAUUCAAUGUCCAAACCCCUGUGCUUCUCAUCCCCAAACGACCUUCUGGACUAUGUUACGGUCAACUGGAGAGAAAACUUUGUUACCAGCGAUCUGAAUACCAAGGAAUUAGUGGACAUCUUCAUCCGAAGACCAUUCUUCAUGUUGAUUUCUGUCGACGCGCCUCUGCUGGAUCGUUUUCGAAGAUCACAAUAUUUCCAGAACUUUGGUCUAGAAGCUUUCAUCCGCGAGGACGAUCGCCUGGUUUUCGGCGGUUCCAAUUCCUUCCACAAAGAGUCAUCCUUACAUGAUUUGAGAGACUCUAUUAACAUUCACAUCACGAAUUCAUACUCUUCUAUACAAGGACUGUUCACCCACUUGGAUGAUCUUGACCUGACAAACCCUCAGCAUCUGCGACCAAGCUGGGAUGAUUAUUUUAUGACCCUCGCUUCUCUUGCAUCUCGCCGAUCUAAUUGCAUGAAACGUCGCGUCGGCGCAGUCCUGGUCCGCGAAAACCGUGUCAUCGCAACAGGGUGA